CUCUCUGGGGACAUGGAGAUAGUAGCACAACUCAUGCAGCUCUCAAAUAUUCAUGGAUACAUGUCUCUUGAGUCACCUCGCUGAGAUGAAAUGUGGCAUAAACUCUGUCUGGUGUGAAUCUGGUUAAAUUGAGUAAAUAAAAUUACAACAAAGAGGAAGAACGGGGGAAAAAAAAUGAAAAUUUACCUGAAUGAGUGUCUCAGUGCUUUCGGGCUACAGCAUCACUAUGCCAGGUUUACGUCAAUAGGAAUUCGUUGUGUUGCCCACCUUUCUGCACUCACCAUGGAGGACUUUCCCAUCCUAGGAAUCCGCACUAUGGAGGAAAGGACUCGACUGUUCAAUCUGAUCCAAAUGGUCAAAACUCUCGACUCUCUUGAAUAUGAGGACGAAGACGGUGAUGAUUACAUUGAAAAUGCUGGUGCUAAAGGCUUUGCUGUAGUAAAUGGUUGUUUUACUAAUGACGGCUGCGUGGGUCAUGAUGAUGAUAUCGAUGAUGCUGAGAAUGAGAGGGACUUUGUCGUGAAUAGGCAGAAUGCAGCCACAUUUGACAGACCAUCAUGCCUUCGCAGACGGCCUGAUCUCAGCCACAGAAGCACCGAUCAUCAUCAGAGGCUGCCUUCUCGUCCCGUACACUCUGCUCCUGUCUACACUGGCCAUAAUGUUAAUGCCAUGUCAGUCCAUGGCAAAGGCUCAGCCACACCUGGGAGAGACAACCACAUUACAGAAUACUAUAGUCACCCAUCUAAUCAUCUCACAGGAGGAGACACCAAGGACAACUCAUGCGCCAGAUCUUUGGUGAUCAGGUCACCAAAGUGUGCGUCAGUCUACCAACAAAAACCCAGGCCUGCAACAGUGGUGUCAAAGAGGUCUAACGGCAAACCACCUGGGCUCAAAGACCCUAAAAGCAUCUCUAAGAAGGAUAAAGUUCUCACAGAAAUUAGCAGUAACGGGGAUUCUGGAUCCAUGACUAAUUCACCACCCAUUUAUGAAUCAAAGAGAACACCUGGCUACAACUACGGACUACCACGGAGUUCCACUCCUGCUCUGAACAAAAGGAGGCAAGGAGAGCAGCGGAUUUGUGUGUGCGUGAGGAAAAGACCUCUGACGUGUGCAGAGAGCAGGAGAGGUGAAGCAGAUGCUGUGACGACUUCAGACAGAGAGUGUGUUGUCAUCAAUGAAACCAAAGUAGCUUUGGAUCUCACACAAUACAUACUGCAGCACAGGUUCUUCUUUAACCAGGUAUUUGGAGAAGAGAGUUCCAAUGAGGAAGUGUAUCAGAGAACAGCAUAUCCUCUGGUGCAGCACAUGCUCAGUGGAGGCGAGGCCACUUGCUUUGCAUAUGGCCAGACAGGUGCGGGGAAGACUCACACCAUGUUGGGCUCAGCCACAGGGAAGCCUGGAUUGUAUGAACUUGCAGUCCGGGACAUCUUUACACACUUGUCCACCUCUCAUGUGCAAAAUCAGGCGUAUGUCAGUUUCUUUGAGAUUUACUGUGGCCACCUGUAUGACCUGUUGGACCACAGGAAAAGGUUGUUCGCGAGGGAGGACAGAAAGAAAGCGGUUCAAAUUGCCGGAUUGCGGACUGUCAGGGUGGAGUCGGCCGACUCACUGCUGGAGGUGAUUUCACAGGGCAUUAAGGAACGCAAGCAGGGGACGAAUGGAGUAAAUGCACUUUCUUCUCGGUCUCAUGCCUUGCUUGAAAUUCAGCUCAAAGGUGAAAACCUCCAGUCAGCUGGCAGAAUUUGGUUUGUGGACCUUGCAGGAAGUGAGAGGGCAUCCGACACCAAAGAUCCAAACAGACAGAGUCGUAUCGAGGGCGCUGAGAUAAACCAGAGCCUGUUGGCUCUCAAAGAAUGUAUCCGGACUCUCGAUCAAAAGAAACAGCACAUACCUUUCAGACAAAGCAAACUUACACAGGUUUUAAAAGACUCAUUUAUUGGUGACUCUCUGACAUGCAUGAUUGCCAACAUUUCACCUUGUCAUUUAGCGACCGAACACACACUUAAUACACUGAGAUAUGCUGAUCGUGUGAAAGAGUUGACAAAACAGGAAUGCCUGAGAGGAGGAAAUGUGGUGAAAAUACCAGUCAACACCCGAAAGGAAAUCCCACCCAAAAAGCAGAAGUUGGUAACACAAAGAGAAGAUUUUAGUCCCACCACACCUCAUACAAGGUCGUCCGCAGAGGACACAAAUCUUUGCUUCACGCCCAAGAACAGCAGAUGGGGAGAAGAAACAAGUGCAGCGGGCGGAAGCGAGACUGGACUUGAACGUAUUACACCAGUUAAUGUCUGGGUGGGUGAUAAGAAUAAUAGGAGGGAGAAAGCAGGUGAAAGAAAAGGUAGAAGAAGAGAUAAUGGGAGGGAUAGAGGAAUUAACAGUCACUCUGGUAAUGACCAGAACACCAGAGCAGGCCUGGAACUGGCACAGAAUAGAAAUGAGCAGAAUCUCCUAUAUGAUGUACGAAGAUAUUUACCUCAAAGAGAAACAGAGAGACAGCGCGCCGACAGGGUCUCAGGUACAAUGACAGCUAACGUAGCAGCACAAAUGUCAAACGGCUAUCAGUCUGAAGACAUGGCUGCAGAGGGUGAGGAAGAAUUGAGUUUCACCGAGGACAUGGCUGAUGGAGUGUGGAUUAAUGACGGUGAAGGAGGCCCGUCUCAUUUUCAGUCAACCCAUAAGCAAGUUCCAGCAAAACGACCUCUCUCUCAAGCCUGGGAAAUGAGCCCUAACAACCUUUCUCCUGAAUCAAAACAUACCAGGUGCAUUUCAAGCUCUCUGGGCAAACACUUUUCAAUCUCCCCAUCAACCACACAACCUCCCUCUCCUUGCAUCACACGGAUUCGAGCUAAAAGAUCAGCUAAACCUCCAAGGAAACCUUCUGAAAAUCCAGCAUAUUCUCAGGCACACGGCCACCCAGAGGUCAAAACCAAUGUAUCUGUUUUACCUCAAAAUGAGACCUAUGCAGAUUAUCUACGCUACAGCGUGGACCCCCUCAGCAUGUCUUUGCUUCAAGUGGACCAACAAGUUGCCACGCCCUCAUUCCUCCAAGGGAAACACAAUAACCUGUCACUCGGUCUGCUUGAGAAUGGACGGGCCGAAAACGGCAGAGAAGUGAAAAAAGAGUUGGUGGGUAAAGUUUUAGAGGAUGAAGUUGAAGACAUUCCUCGGUCCCUUCUGCAGCUGCUCAAAGCAAAGACCCACUGCCCUCACACCUCUGACCCUGUGAGUGCUGUUAAGCGCUCUGAUGGAGGAAAAGACAUGUGUUGUUCCACACAUGAACACUGUCAAAGAGGUUGGCCAGAACCUCCUGUGCCUGAUGUAAAGUUGUCUCCCUCGAAGGACAUGGAUUGUGCACAGUGCCGUGUUGUCCAGGCCCACUGGGAGCAGUUUGAGGAGAUGAAAGAUCUAUGUCAUACAGAGGGGACACUUCUGUGCCAGCAACCCAAUAUGACAUUUGGAGAAUAUGUCCAAAAGCUGGAAGAGAUCAUGGAAAGGAAGGCCCGUUGUUUCCACAACAUGAGAGCUCAGCUGAAGCCAUAUUUGAAGCGCAGUCAUUCUGACCAAGCACACAACUACUGAAGAUAUCAUGAUCAUCAGAUUACUUGAAUUAACAAUGUUAAUGAGCAGGAAUAUUAACACGCUGAAAAAAUGCUGGUUAUUCAAGACUAUUAUGACAUUAAUACACUAUGGGCAUUGAGGACCUUGCUAUGCAUAUUAGAAGUGUUUUUUUGUUUGUUUUUAAAUCGUGUUACCUAUGUUCAAGAGACUUUGAAGCUCACUGAACAAUAGAAAAAUAUCACUGGGUAUGUUUGUGAGUGCAUGUGUGAUUUUUUUUUUAUCUCACGGAACUGAUUUGUUUGUUGGCAUGUCACACAACUGUGUAAACCUGUAUUACUGGUAUUUGCAAAUUAGGUUUGUUGGGGGUGGAGUGGCUCAGUGGUUAAGACCAGUGCCCUGUGU